UAGAUGUGAGAAGCGAGCAGAGGAAGAAAAUGAAAGGGGGAUAAACAAGGAGGGAAAAAUGUGAGACGGAAAAGUGUGUUCAGAUGGGAUCCAGGGGGGAAAAAUCCAUUUUAGAGAGAGAAAAAAAGAAAGGUUUAGACAGGGUGGAGCUUAGGUCUUGGAUGGAAAAUGCGCCGAGAAACAUUCCUGGCAUAGUUUGGGAACAGUUCAGCAGGCAGCCCAGGAACGACGUCAGCUUCCCACUACGGUAUAAAAGUCCGGAGGUGGCCGGACCUCAGCAGACUGCAACCGCUUUACCGAGAGCUUCAUCUACUCUAAAGGAGCCUCUAACACUAGAGACUACCAGCAAACAAAUCAAGAGAGACAGACGACUGAGCGAGGGAAUACCUAAGGACUCUUCCGAAGACAGACUAUAUCAACCUUUCAUAAACAGGGAAAAGGAUUCCUCUUGAACACGCACAAGAAAUUUAUCCAAGAUGCUGAUGCUUACUGUUGUCGUUACCUUCCUUGGAAGCCUCAACUUGGUCUUCUCCGCCGCCGCCUCCUCCUCUUGCCCCUCCAUCUGUGAAUGUCCGCGGGAGAUGCCCAAGUGCGCACCCGGCGUGAGCGUCGUCCUGGACGGCUGCAGCUGCUGCAAAGUUUGCGCCAGGCAGCUGAACGAGGACUGUAGCCUGACCGAGCCGUGUGACCACACUAAAGGGCUGGAGUGUAACUUUGGGGCCAGCUUUGCUGCUGCUACUACUCGUGGCAUCUGCCGAGCCAAGUCAGAGGGCAGACCCUGCGAGUACAACAGCAGGAUCUACCAGAACGGAGAGAGCUUCCAGCCCAACUGUAAACACCAGUGCACAUGCAUCGAUGGGGCAGUGGGAUGUGUCCCACUGUGCCCACAGGAGCUCUCCCUGCCCAACCUGGGAUGUGCCAACCCCAGACUGGUCAAGGUAGCAGGCCAGUGCUGCGAAGAGUGGGUGUGCGAUGAUGGCAAGGAGACAGACAUCCUGGAGAGGAUCUUUGGCAAAGACACAAUGACUGAUGAGCAGGAAAGAGAUCUGACCAACAGGAACGAGCUCAUCUCAGUUGUCAAGGGAGGACUCAAGUCUUUACCUGCAUUCAGAGCACAGCCUGAGGUCCACAUGUUUGACAGCCAGAAGUGCAUCGUCCAAACCACACCCUGGUCCCAGUGCUCCAAGAGCUGUGGAACAGGCAUCUCCACCAGAGUCACCAAUAACAACAGCGAGUGCAAGCUGGUCAAAGAGACAAGAAUCUGUGAAGUGCGGCCAUGCACCCAGUCACCUUACUCCAGUCUGAAGAAAGGAAAGAAGUGCAGCAGAACCAAGAAGUCAAGCCAGCCAGUGAAGUUCACCUACGCCGGCUGCUCCAGCCUGAAGAAGUACAGGCCCAAAUACUGCGGAGCCUGCGUGGACGGCCGCUGCUGCAGCCCUCAUGACACCAGAACCAUCCGUGUCAAGUUCCGCUGCGAGGACGGCGAGACCUUCAACAAGAACAUCAUGAUGAUCGAGUCCUGCAAGUGCACCUACAACUGCCCCCAUGCCAACGAAGCCUCCUACCCCUUCUACCGCCUCUCCAACGAUAUCCACAAGUUCAGAGACUGAUUGGUGAAAGUGAACGUCCCAAACCCCUAAACCAGAGAGAUCAGCAGCAACAAUGGCAGCCAAUGGCAGUCCAGAUGAAUGCAGGGGUGUAAAUAGACCACCAAUCAACUACCAGCUUCUUGUUGUAACUAGAUUCCCAAGGAAUUGUGGGCUUACAUCAUGAGGACUUUAUGAAGUGCACUGUUUGCUGUGACUACAUCAGCAUUCUUAACUAAGAACUGCUUCGUAUUAAUGGAGCAUCCAAGGUAGCUUCGUUAUGGAGCAAGAUGUAAUUAAUAUUUGUACAUUUAUGUUAGUCGCUGAUAUCAAUUCACUGUGUAUAUUUUGAUCCUUAACAUCAGACAUGACCCAGACUGUAGACUUGUGUGUGUAUAUGUACAUAUGCACAUGCGCAACAUCAAUUAGCAUACCAUCCUGUAUCUUAAGAACAAGACACCGAAAUGUCACCUCUCGACUUGUUUAACAAGUGUAUGGUUUCUUUCCCUCCUGACGUGGGCAUUAUUGUUCAUGUUUUGUGGCAGCUAUUGAACUCCCUUCAUGAAAAAGACAAAGCGAAACAUGUCAAAGGAUGAAUGAAUGUUUUUAUUAUUGUUAUUAAUAUUAUUUAUCAAAAAUGUAGCUACUUUAUUUGGAUAUUAUGUGUCAUACUGGAAUAAAUUGUAAAAUGAUUUAAUUUUAUAUGCUACAAAUAAAACUGAUUUAUUUAUGAAAUAUGACACUGCCUGAGUUCAGUAUGUUCAACCUGCACUCAAAGUACAAUGCUCACAUGCACACAGCUGGGGGAAGUUAUUUUAAGUCACUAUUUCCAGAGAAAAUCCUCCUGUUAUAUCAUUCUGUAGACCCAACAGAUUCUCAGACAGACACUGAGCGGGGUCAGUCUGCUCUUAUAUAACACAACCUUGGAGGCUCUCCCCUGACUUUCUGUGCUUUGGAAUGCCAUUCUGAAGCGAGCUAGCUUUCUUUUAUUUGAUCUGGCUAAGCCAUACACUUGACUGAUUCCGAGAGGGGGAAAAAAAAGAUUAAGUCCACGAGUAGCAAUGAGUAUGGGAGUAUGCCAAGAAUCUUAAGUGCUGCUCUGAAUGGGCUGGGAUUAGACACCAUGCAACAAGGACAAAGACUAUUAUUGUACACAAUGAGCUGUAUACAAAGAAUGCAUUCCCGGGUAUGCUUUUUUUUUCACACAGUGGAAUAGCACUACCAAAUUGACCUAAUUCAUUAGCAGUUGCCUUUAAAAGUGAAUUAGCUGCAUUGGCCUCUGCUGGCUCUUAAACUGCAGGGGUCUGCUAAACAGUUGUAAACAGUCCUGCGAAGAAGGGAGGCUUAAGUCUCCCUUUAAGGUUUCAGUUUAACAGGCAUUAAGAAAUACUAUUAUGAUGUAGAAACAGGGGAAGGGCAGGAAACAGGGGUAACAUGGUUGCUCAUGUGGUCAUAGAAACUUCAAGUUUUGUUUUCCAGCUACUGAAACAGUGUUGCUACUGUCACAUAAACACCACUUGACUCCCGUUUUGGCGUUUUCAUUAUUCAUGUUUACCUGAGCUCAGAUUGGUUCUGUAUGCUUGUGGCUUUAAGUUUUAUGACCCUGAAGUGCAGAAAAACCCAGUGCAAUAUUACAUUUAUAAUUAAAGAACAACAAGUACCAGUCUAAAAAGGAUGGAGUUUACCCUUGUGUGUUAUUCUUCUAUUUCAGACACAGGGUCUGAUGGCAAAGGUUUGCACCUGG